CAAGGAUUUUGAUCCGUCUCCUCAUUUUGACGGACUCUAUUCGUCCGAGAUGCUCAUUAUUUUGCGGCGUGCUGACCGAUGCUGCCAAAAUCAACUCUCGAAUGCGGCACGACCUUUUCACUAUAGGAACGUUAACAUGGCCAAACUAUUAACUGCAUCAACGUCGUUCUAGAUUAUCUGUAGUGGUUGCAGAGUAACCACAAUCGCGUACGGCUUGUAGGAUCUGUGCAAUUGGAGCUGAUGCAUGCAUGAGCAGGGUACUACCACGCUAUUGGGUCCACGGGUAUAAGGUCUCAGGGACGUCAACUCCAUCUAUAUUCUCCUUGGCUCGCAACAUUCUGCAUCCCAAGAGGCCAAGAAACACUCAAGCUUGGCCUUUUUCUUGGGCUGCAGGCUUUUGGUGAUAGUCUUAGCCGUUAUGGACGGCUACAACUCUACGGCCUGUGGCGAUAGCCUCUUUGGGCCCAGCGUUUGGACCGAGGGUUGUCGCGGUGGAUUUGAUUUCACCUUAUCUUUUCAAGAGAGUAUCCUCAGCAUCGUUCCAUCUGCUAUUUUUCUUGCAAUUGCCGGCCCACGAGCCUUCUACCUCUUUAGAAGUCCAGACAAGACCAAGCGUCACGCGACAUAUACACCAAAGCUGAUCACUUCCGCCAUAUAUUCUGUCUUGCAGGUAGUUUUAAUAGCUUUAGUUCCAUCCGCCAAGAAGCUCAAUACUCGCUUCUCACUAGCUGCGGCCAUUCUCAAUCUCUUAGCAGCUUUCGCCAUUCUUUUGUUGGCUCACGUCGAGCACGUCAAAUCUGUUCGACCGUCAUUCAUUCUCACUGCGUAUUUAUUUGUCUCGCUUCUAUUCGACGCCGCUCGACUUCGUACAGAAUGGCUCAUGUCACUGAACAUUGCGUAUGCUGCAACUCUUUCAACCUCGACAAUUUUCAAGUUGACCUUGCUUGUACUAGAAACGAUUGAGAAACGCAAGAUAUUGAUAUCAAGCGAAAAGCCAAUUUCAAAAGAAAGCACAAGCGGCCCCUUCAGCCGCGGGUUCUUUGUCUGGUUGAACUCACUCCUCAUCUCAGGCUGGGCUACUGUUCUGACUAACAAUGACCUGCCUACCAUCUACGAGAAGCUAUCCUCAGAGAAGCUCGCAGUUCGUUUCGGAAAAUCAUGGAAGAAAGCCACCUCGAAGAGCAAGAAACCUUCUCUAUUUCUGGCAACCGUGACUGUCUUGAGAUGGGAACUUCUUGGUAUAAUACCACCUCGUAUUGGUAUGAUCGCUUUGAGUAUCUCUCAACCCUUUCUUGUCAGCAACGCGUUACGAUUCCUCACGAUGCCCGAGUCUGACUCGACAAUGAACUUGGGUUAUGGCUUGAUUGGUGCAUUCGCAUUCGUUUUUAUCGGUUCUGCGCUGCUCACAGCGUGGUACGAGCAUCUGACAUUCAGAGCUGGCGCCAUGGUUCGUGGUGGUCUCAUGACCAUGAUUUACAGUAAGAUGAUGAAACUUCCUACCGACGACCUCGGCGAGUCUUCAGCUGUCACACUCAUGGGAAAUGAUGUGGAAACCCUGAUCGAGAAACUUCACAUGCUCUUGGUUGAAUCCUGGGCGAACACUCUCACAGUUGGCAUUGCUAUGUACCUGCUGGCAGCACAGCUUGGUGCUGUUUGUGUUGCUCCUAUCGUCACAGCAAUCAUCUGCCUCCUGCUUACGGGUUCCAUUGGCAAGAUGAUGGUCGCUCGCCAGAUAAAAUAUCAGAAGGCCACUCAGGACCGCAUUAAUCUUACUUCUGAGGUUCUCGGCUCAAUGAAACCAGUCAAGAUGCUUGGACUAUCGGAAAGAUUUAGCAGCCUCAUUUCUCAGAAACGGGAUGAAGAGAUCAAAUCCGGUAAACAUUACCGCCUGAUCAAUGUUUAUCUGAACUGUAUCACCAACUGCAAUGUGGGAAUGACUGAAGCAAUCACUUUUGGCGCGUAUGCCCUUGCGGCAAAGUUCGGAAACGGUGAACCAUUCUCUGCAGCCCAAGCUAUCACGGCAUUGUCUAUCUUGGGUGUCAUGAUGGACCCUCUAUCGCAUCUUCUCGGAAGUAUCCCAGGAUCUUUCUCAGUCUUUGGAUGCUUCAGAAGAAUGGAAGAUUUUCUCAAUUUGGAAGAGCGAAUUGACCGCCGCCAAGUUAAUGGCCGCGUCAAAAACACUUCCAGAUCAUCUUCGGAGAGCUCGCAACCCGUCCAGGAAACCAUCGAGGCGACUCCAUUGAAAGAUAUCCCAGUUGGAGCCGAUGGAAGUCGAAUCGUGAUCGAGGAUGGCAACUUUCUCUGGGGCGAGAAAGCUGUUCUUCAAGACAUCAACACAACUUUCCCGAGUCACAAGAAUGGAUCGCUUACCAUGCUUGUUGGUCCGGUUGGUUCCGGUAAAUCGAGUCUGCUGAAGGCUAUUCUGGGCGAAACAACGUCUUCUAUGGGUAAUGUGUCUCUGGACGCAUCGGAAGUCGCAUUUUGUGACCAGACUCCCUGGGUUAUGAAUGCGACAAUCCGUGCCAAUAUCAUCGCAGAGUCCAAGGGAUACGACAGCGCCUGGUUCGAGACAGUCAUCAAUGCCUGCGACCUGACCAUCGACUUGGGACGGCUUCCUGAAAGAGACCUUACCCAGGUUGGCGAGCAAGGAGUCAAGUUGAGCGGUGGACAGAAGCAACGAAUUGCUAUAGCUCGUGCCCUAUACUCCAGGAAGCCUGUGGCCAUCUUUGAUGAUGUGUUUAGUGGACUCGACAAGGUGACUGAGCAGAUCAUCUUUACUCGCGUCUUUGGAAAGGAUGGUGUUCUUCGAAAGAAUGGCACUACUGUUAUUUUGGCUACACAUGCAGUGAACAGGCUCCCAGAGUCUGACUUUGUUGUCGUCCUUGAAAAGGGCGGGAGACUUGUUGAGCAAGGAACUUACCAUGAACUGCGAUCCGGAAAUGGAUAUAUCCACGAUCUUGACAUUUCGAGCCACGACGAUCACGAUGACCAACCUUCUGCCGAGACCAAACCUGUAGAGGAGAGUGACAAGACCGACAACAAGGACGCGGUUGAAGAUGAACCGACUGAAGUGCCGAGUGAUCGAAGCGUGUUUAUGUACUACUUCAAGGCUAAUGGGAUACAUAACAUGCUCGCCCAGAUACUCCUUAUCGCCAGUGCAGGGGUUAUUACGUCCUUUCGAUAUGUUUGGGUCACUUGGUGGGGUGAUGGAAAAGGUCGUGAUAGCAGAGAUAUUGGCUACUGGCUCAGCAUAUAUACCGUCCUGUCUGCCUUCGAGGGCAUUCUUAUUACGCUUGCCAUUGCGAUGUUCCUUUUGGUUUGCGGACCCGUUAGUGGAAAAUUGCUUCAUUCACGACUCCUAAACGCUGCUAUGGGCGCUCCCCUAUCCUUCCUUCACAACAGUGCGGCGGGAUCUCUGAUCAAUAGAUUCAGUCAGGAUUUGCGCCAUGUUGACAUUAUUCUCCCUAUGGCCUUUUCCAUCUUCCUCUUUGAGGUUGCUGCAUGCUUUGGUGCUGCUGGUCUUGCUAUGGCAGCUGUCAGCUGGUUUGCCAUCUCAAUUCCAUUCGUGAUCGUUGUGCUUGCCCUCAUCCAGCGUUUCUAUGUCCGAACAUCCAAACAACUCCGUCUUCUGGAAAUCGAACACAAGGCGCCGCUGUUCUCACAUUUCCUCGAGACCAUCGACGGACUGGCCACAAUUCGAGCCUUUGGUUGGAUUCAGCCGUAUACUGACAAGGCGCUGAGUCGAAUUGAUGAUGCCCAGAAGCCAGCUUAUCUUCUCAACUGUAUUCAGCGAUGGCUGACUCUGGUUCUGGAUAUGGUGGUAGCAUUCUUGACGAUCAUUCUCGUGGUUUUUGCUGUAACCCUCCGCGAAAAGAUUGAUCCUUCACUUCUGGGUAUCGCGCUUGUCAACAUGAUGAGACUUGGUACCAACAUGAAGGGUAUUAUUCUCAACUGGUCGAUCCUCGAGACAUCACUGGGCGCUAUUGCGCGCAUUCGCAUGUUCUGUUCUUCUGCACCAGAUGAACAAAAGACAAACGAAGACAAUGAACCAGGGGAAUUGUGGCCGAGACAAGGCAGUCUUGAAGUCAAGAAUCUGGAUGUUCAGUAUGAGCAAACUACUGAACCUGUGCUACGCGGGCUUUCGUUUAGCAUCAAACCCGGACAAAAGCUUGGUCUUUGUGGUCGAAGUGGAAGUGGAAAGAGUUCUUUCGUCCAAGCCCUUCUCCGCAUGGCAGAGAUCGUCAAUGGCCAGAUCACUCUUGAUGGACAAGAUAUUUCGACGGUACCUAGAUAUUUGAUCCGCCAGCGUUUAAGCUGCUUGACGCAGGAUCCAUUUGUCUUUGGCGAUACCAUCCGUGCCAAUCUUGACCCAUGCAAUACGGCGUCAGAUGAUGAGGUCAGAAGCGCCCUCGAGCGAGUUGGUAUCUGGUCUGUCAUCGAAGCCAAGAUCGACGACAAUAAGGAUCCUCUUGAUGAGAAGAUGGACGAGAACUUUUUGUCUCACGGUCAGCGCCAGCUUUUCUGUCUUGCAAGAGCGUUAUUGAAGAGAAGUUCACUGCUCAUUCUUGAUGAGCCGACAAGCAGCGUCGAUACACAGACAGAUGCAAGGAUGCAAGAGGUCAUCCGUACCGAGUUCUCGGACUGUACGAUUAUCAUGAUCGCUCAUCGCAUUGAUACACUGCUCGACUUUGACAAAGUUGCCGUGUUGGACAAGGGUUCUUUGGUUGAGUUUGGAGCCCCUCAGGAGUUGUUGAAAGACGAGGCUGGUGCAUUUGCCAGAUUAUACCGGGCGAAUAAGGGGAGGAAGACUGAGGAGCAGUGAGUGUGUGACGCGUUUGGGGGCGGAUUGUUUUCCACUGUAGCACUCCAGUCCUAAUUCAGAGCCUGCUGCUGUGAUCAAUAAUGUUUCGCGCCGGUGAUUCUACUGGUUGAAGACAAACGAUAUAACUGAAUCUCUGUCACGGACAUGCACCAGGCGAAUCACGGCCUCUAGUGAAGAGAAAAGAAGAGCAGUAUAAGUUCACUCCCUCCCACCCAUUCUGCCCUUCACUCGUUUACCGCACCAUCAACUCAAUCUCUCAGCUACAAUCACUAGGUCGACUAAAAAUGUGCCAAGGGGUCAUCUUUUGGGCACGGUGUCCUGUCUGCCGCAUCCGACACGAAGUAUCGCGAGCAUAUCGCCCCAUGUGCGAAGAAGCUGAGAACACAGACCUGUGUACUUAUGGCGCUUGUUUUUUAGGCGUCGACUGGGUAUUCCGACAAAUCAGUCCAACUGGAUGGGGUUGGGAUCGAUAUUGCAGAGAGUGUAGGCCUCCUCGAUGUAGACGUACUUUACGCCUGAAUAGGAGGCUCGACAGGACUGGAAGAGGGGUGAGGGUUCAUGGAGUUAUCUAUGCGCCACCUGGGUUGAGUAGACAGAGUAACGAGGAUUUGGAGAUUAGGCUGGAAGAGCAGUGAGACACUAUCAGAUCGAUAGGGUAGAAUGGCUUGUUCCAGACAGGGUUCAACAGGGGCUAGUUUGGAUAGUGGCAACUGGGCAUCAUCUCCAAAAUAUGAUAUGUCUGUUGCAAAGUUCAAUUCACAAAUUAGAUUAUGGU